GUAGAGUCGGUGGUCGUGGUGGCGGUGGUCGUGGUGGAAGUUUUGGAGGAAGAGGUGGUGGACGUGGAGGUGGUGGAAGAGGUGGAGGUCGAGGUGGUGGCGGCGGUAGAGGUGGUGGCGGUAGAGGUGGUGGCAGAGGUGGUGGCGGUCGUGGAGGUGGUGGCAGAGGCGGAGGUCGUGGAGGUGCAAGAGGUGGAACCAAAGUAAUAAUUGAACCACAUAGACAUGAAGGUGUUUUUAUUGCACGUGGAAAAGAAGAUAUGUUGGUGACUAAGAAUUUAGUACCAGGUGAAGCGGUAUAUGGGGAAAAAAGAAUUUCGGUUGAAGGUCAAGAUGGUGUCAAGAUAGAAUAUCGAGUUUGGAAUCCAUUUAGAUCCAAGCUAGCAGCUGGCAUCCUAGGUGGUAUUGACAAUAUAUAUAUAGCUCCUAAAUCCAAAGUACUAUAUCUAGGUGCUGCAUCUGGUACCACUGUUUCACAUGUUGCUGAUAUAGUUGGUCCCGAAGGAAUAGUAUAUGCAGUUGAAUUUUCACCUAGAUCAGGACGUGAUUUAGUAAAUGUAGCCAAAAAAAGGACUAAUGUUAUACCAAUAAUUGAGGAUGCGCGACAUCCAUACAAGUAUCGUAUGUUGGUUGGAAUGGUAGAUGUGAUUUUUGCAGAUGUGGCACAACCAGAUCAAGCUCGUAUUAUUGCGCUGAAUGCGCAUCAUUAUCUAAAAAAUAAUGCACACAUUGUAAUCUCAAUAAAAGCAAAUUGUAUUGACUCCACUAUAGAUCCCACUAAAGUCUUUGCCAAGGAAGUUAAACGAUUACAAGAAGAACACAUAAAACCCCAGGAACAAUUAACUUUGGAACCAUAUGAACGUGAUCAUGCUUUGGUUGUUGGAAAAUAUGUAAGAUCAAAAUAA